UCGUAUAUCCUAUAUAUAUGUCGUCUCUGAUUCCAUAAACCAAAAAGCAUAACAUUGUAACAUCAUAUCCUAUCUUCCCAUAUUUGAGAGAAAAUUAAACGUAACGAUAUGAUGUGUUCCCUUCCGUUAGAUCUAACGGUGGUCUCCGCCGAUGCCAUAAAGAACGUUAACACCUUCUCGAGAAUGGACGUCUUCGUCGUCGUCUCCGUCAUCAUCGGCUACCAAAAUAACAGAAACAUCACGCCCGUCCACAAGAACGCCGGCACGUCUCCGAGAUGGAAUCACCACAUGAGAUUCGUCGUCGACGAGGCCACCGUCAGCAAUCCCGGCGCCGGGUUCCUCCAUUUCCGGCUCAUAUCUGAGAGGACCUUCGGGAAUAAGGAUAUCGGGGCGGUGAGAGUCCCCGUGGACGAGCUUUUUGCCAAUUGGUCGAAGGAUUCCGACGGCGGUGGCGCCGGGAGGGUGAUGGAAUAUCAGGUGAUUACCCACCGGUCGGAGAAGAAGAAGGGGACGCUGAAAUUUUCGUACAAAUUUGGGGAGAAGUUCACAAAGGGGAUGGGGACAUUUGCGGGGUCGAGUAUGCCAUACGCGCCGCUUCAUUCGGGUAUGGGAUACGACGCGCCGCCGCUCGGCGUGGCUAAUCCGGGGGCGGUGGGAGGGUACCCAGCGGCGGGAUAUGGUGGGUAUCCCCAAAUGGGGCCGGCGGUGGCUUACCCACCGCAACCCGGGUACGGAUAUCCGCCGCCGCCGCAGCCUCAUGGGUACGGUUAUCCGACACCUCACGGCGGCGGAUACGGCGGAUAUCCACCCAUGCAGCAGCAGCAGCAAGCGCCUAGCAAGAGCAAGUUUGGAAUGGGGGCGGGGCUAGGGUUGGGAGCAGGGAUACUAGGAGGAUUGGUGGUCGGAGAUAUGAUCUCAAACGCCGGAGAAAUGGCGGCCUACGACGAAGGAUACUCGGAGGGUGUUGGGGAUAUGGGCGGCUAUGAUUUCUAAAACCUUUAAUUUGCUAUAUUUUAACUUCUAUAAUUUGUUAUUCUAUUAUAUAUAUUUUAUAUUUUAUGUUGUAUUUGAAGAAUCUUGAAAACACUUUUACUACGUUAUUACGACGUCUGAAUUGAAUCAUGAACGAAGGAACACGCAUCCAGCAUUUUUUGGUUGCUUCUAUUGUACUCUCAUGGAUAUUUGUAUAUUUGUUGAAGGGUGUGAAUUUUAGCUCAAAAUUGAUUUACUAAUUUAAUAAAAUUAAAAAUUGAAAACUUUUA